GUCUGAAAACAUUUACAGACAACGGAAUUGUUUUUGGAGGAAGAUGUUUCUGGUAGUUCAGUUUUUAGAUGAACAAAAAGCUGUGUCAGUUAUACCACAGUCUUGGUACAGUGAUGGCACAACCUUUUGGCCAAAUUAUAAGAGCAAUCAAAGACUCAACAAAGCAGCAAGAUAUGCUGAGGAACCAUGCCCUGACUGGACCAAGCAUGAUGUUAGAGUACUAAAGUCCUACGGAGAUUACAUGUCUGCAUGGCAAGGGAUGAAGAAGUCUUUGAUUUGUCAAACUUCAGAAUUGGAUUCAGAUGAUGAUGAGGAUAUAGGCAGGGUGAAAAGAGCUCCUAAACUAAUCCACUACUAUGGUGACAUGGACUGUGAAAGUGAACAUGAAGACUUGGCUAAUAAAACAAAAGUUCCCUUGACAAGAUUUUCAAAACCUCAACAGUCAACUGGACCUUGCAUGUUAUCCCCACAUUCUGCACCUCAGGUACCAUCACCACCUUUACCAUCUGUGCCACCUUGUUGCUCACCACCACAUUCUUUGCUUCAGGUGCCACCUCCUUACCAGUCACUAUUGCUCUCUGAAAAUACAUCUCAACAAAUUUCCAUGAGCCUUCCAAAACUGAAAAAUACUUCUGAACUCUUCAAGCCUACUUACAGAGUGGAUCGAUGUGGAACAGAACCAAUACCUUGCACUGCUGCAGAUCUUCAUAUCCUCACAUUGCUUGAACAUGUGAAGCACCAGCUGUCACAAUUGGCUGUCAUGAUCAGUUCACUAUCUGGGCGGCUAAACAUUUAA